ACAUUGCUAAAAUGUAUUUCAGGAUUUACUAUCAUUAUCGUUCAAAUGUUUCUGAAGUGUUAUUUCUUUGAUAUAUUACAUACAAAAAAAGAUUCUAUAAUAUUCGCGCUGUACAGCAGUAAUUGGACAGAAAUGGAUAUGAAAUGUAAAAAAUUGAUUAGCUUAGCAAUGAACACGCAUAAUGCUCAUCAGAAAAAAUUACAAUAUACAAAAACGAGAAUUGUAAAUCUGGAAAUAUUUUAUAAAACGAUUGGUUAUUAUUACUCAGUGAUAUCGGUGUUUGUAAAUUGUGUUAAAAAAGGUAGGUAUUUUGGCAAUAUUAUUGCUUAUUGUUUACUAUACAUCAGAAUUAAUUAUCGGAUUUAUUAA